UACGGUAGCUCUGUCUCAGAGAAAAUAAAAAAUUUUCAGAGUACGUGUUUUGGUUGGUUUUCUUUCCAAUUGGAAUUGCAAAAAAUCAUAAAUUGUGGAAUAAAUUACAAAGAUUUGUGUGCUAAAGUGAAAUAAUAUUGGACUAUUCCGUUGUGUGUUGGCAGCAACACCAAAUUCCAUACCGUUUUGUGUGACAAAACCACCUUACAUUGAUCCAAUAUGGGAAACAGUGAUUCAAAGUUGAACUUUCGCAAAUCCAUUGUACAACUCACACAGAAAAAUCAAAAGAUCGAUGCUGACGACCCAUUUUGGGAACAGUUUUGGAGUGGCCAUCAAACCACUUUGGAGGAUGUAUUUGCUUUGGUAACUGCGGCGGAGAUACGAAAUAUACGCAAUGAUAAUCCUGCCAAUUUGGCGACUCUCUGCUAUAAGGCAGUGGAAAAACUGGCGAAGGCAGUCGACAACAGCUGUCGCACACAGGCCGAACAGUCGUGUGUCAUGAACUGUGUUCGUCUGUUAAUACGCAUUAUUCCAUACAUCUUCGAGGAUGAUAAGUGGCGUCAUUUCUUUUGGAGUAGUUUGCCAGCAGCGGGUGGUGGUAAAGAGUCUGGCCAGGAUGUGGCAAGGGUGGGUGGUGAGACUGAACCGUUGGCAUAUCAUCAGCAAACUGUACCCUUAGCCCAGUCUCUGCUGAAUGCUGUGUGUGAUUUGCUUUUCUGUCCCGAUUUCACAGUAACAGCAGCCACUAGGCGGCCAGGUCCCGAGAAGGCUGAGGAAUUGGCCAAUAUCGAUAGCUGUGAAUAUAUUUGGGAAGCGGGUGUGGGUUUUGCUCAUUCCCCACCUAAGAAUGCCAACAUGGAAAAGAGACGCACGGAAUUGUUGAAAUUAUUGCUGACAUGUUUCUCGGAACCAAUGUACAGGGCUCCCACACCCACAGAGGAGCCCAAUAAAUGGAUUGCCUACUUUACAUCGGCCGAUAAUCGUCAUGCCCUGCCUUUGUUUACAUCUUUCUUGAACACGGUCUGUGCUUAUGAUCCCGUUGGCUUUGGGGUACCCUAUAAUCAUCUAUUGUUCACGGAUACCACCGAGGCCCUGGUGGAGGCUUGUUUGCAAAUAUUGAUUGUAACAUUGGAUCAUGAUAUGAUUGUUCAACAGCAACAACAAUUGGAACUGCAGCGCCAUGGCAAACUACCAGCUCCGUCGCCAUAUGACGAUGUCUGUGGGGAUAAUUUGUUCAUCAAUUAUUUAUCCCGGGUACAUCGAGAUGAAGAUUUCCAUUUUAUUCUGAAAGGCAUAACACGUCUGCUGAACAACCCCUUGGUUCAAAACUAUUUGCCCAAUUCCACGAAACGUUUGCAUUGUCACCAGGAGCUGUUGAUAUUGUUCUGGAAGAUAUGCGAUUACAAUAAGAAGUUUUUGUAUUUCGUUUUGAAAAGUUCGGAUGUUUUGGAUAUUUUAAUACCCAUACUCUAUCAUUUGAAUUAUUCCCGGGCUGAUCAGUCGAAGGUGGGACUAAUGCAUAUUGGGGUUUUUAUUUUGUUGCUGUUGUCGGGUGAGCGUAACUUUGGUGUGCGCCUGAAUAAACCCUACACUGCUACUGUGCCUAUGGACAUUCCCGUGUUCACGGGUACCCAUGCCGAUCUCUUGAUAACAGUAUUCCAUAAAAUCAUUGCCACUGGCCAUCAACGUUUGCAGCCCUUAUUCGAUUGUCUUCUCACAAUUUUGGUCAAUGUUUCACCCUAUCUCAAGACUCUGUCCAUGGUGGCUAGUGUAAAGUUAUUGCAUUUAUUGGAGGCCUUCAGUACACCAUGGUUCUUAUUGUCCGCCCCCAGUAACCAUCAUUUGGUGUUUUUCUUGUUGGAGAUAUUCAACAACAUCAUACAAUACCAAUUUGAUGGCAAUUCGAAUUUGGUGUACACGAUUAUACGGAAGCGCCAUGUUUUCCAUGCCAUGGCCAAUUUGCCAACUGAUAUGAAUGGCAUUGCAAAGUGUCUGAGUGGUCGAAAAGUGGGAAAAUUCAAUUUACCACCCGUGAGGCAGAAGCGAAUAACAACUGUUGUGCAAAAUUUUCAAAAUCAGUUGCCCAACUGCGUUGAAGAUGAUGACGAAGAGGAUGAGGAGGAUGAUUUGGAGGAGGAUACCCCCAAAAACGGUGGCAUUCUUAAUAAUAGCAACAUUGCUGAAUCGGAGACUGAGUCUCAACAACAACAGCACGGUGGAGAAAAACAAAUGGAAGGUGCUUUAACGGCCAUGCCUGCUGAACCGGGCACAUUGAAGGCCUCCUUGCCUGAUACUCCAGCCUUAUUGCAAAUGACUGAACGGGAACAGGCCCAUCCGGGCAGUACUGAUUCAACGGAACAAACUCCCACAAUUGAUGGCACCUCAGACAUAGUGCGGUUUGAGAAAACCCCUGAGAAAUCUCCAUCCGAGUCUCGAUCGAAUAGUCCAAUUAAUGGAAAUUUUGAACGUGAUGUAAAAGCCAAUAACCGGCUAUCAGUGGCACCACGUAGCAGCAUUCGCAUGGUUCAUCAACCCUCCAUGGAAGUGUGGACACCCACACCAGAAUGGAUAGUUUCAUGGCGUUCCAAGCUGCCUUUGCAAACCAUAAUGCGUCUUCUGCAGGUCCUAGUGCCACAAGUGGAGAAAAUCUGUAUAGACAAGGGUCUAACGGAUGAGUCGGAAAUUUUAAAAUUCCUUCAACAUGGUACGCUUGUGGGCCUCCUGCCAGUUCCCCAUCCCAUACUCAUACGGAAGUAUCAAGCAAAUGCGGGAACAACGGCUUGGUUCCGUACCUAUAUAUGGGGUGUGAUUUAUUUGCGUAACGUGGAGCCGGCAAUUUGGUAUGACACCGAAGUAAAGCUGUUUGAAAUCCAAAGAGUCUAAGAAAACGAAACACACACAUAUAGGAAAAUCUCACUAACUUUUGUAAUGGCAUCCCACGCAGUUAUGGGGGCAUUUGACAUUUCCUUCUUUACCUCCCUUAACUACAUGACACCCAACCAAGCAAGCUCAAAAUGUAUAUCUGCUGGAAAAACAUAUGAAACAAAACUAAUGAAGUCGUGAAACAAAAGCAACAACAACAACAUUGAUGAUGAUAAUAAUUAUAAAUUUACCUUCGUAGACAGCCAGAACACGCAAGAAUCAAUAACCCUAUUCUUAUCGCUUUCAAUGGCACUCGAAACAGAGAAAUCAUUUUGUUAUAAUUAGUUUCGAUUUUUGUUUUACCGCUAUCUCAAAACGUAAUUUACCUCGUUGUAUAUAUACUCUUAUUUUAUAUGUAUGCAUAUACGGACACACCGAUACACUCCAACAUAGCUAUAUAGUAAAUAUAUAUGUAUUUCAAAUGAUGCUUAUAUUUAUGUUUUAAAAAAAGAAAAUGAAAAGAGAAUAAUAAGUUUAGUUUAUAAAUGUUUUAAAUAUAAGUGCAAUCUUUUUUCCUUCUGUCUUAGUUUGAAUUAAAAAAAAUACAAAUAAAUAUUAAUAACAGAUUCCGUUAAAACAUUAAUCUACCUAACAAAAAGUAUUUAUAAAGAAUGAUAUAUACAUAACUACAUACAUACAUAAAUAAAGACACACCGACGACAACAACAACAGCAAAUAUAUUCCAUAUUAUUAUUGUAUCGUGUUACAACUAUAAAUCAAAAUACAUACAUAAAUAAAAAAAUAUAAA